ACGUGACGCCACUGUGGCUGCGACGGUAAGGCCUGGCGUUCUUGCUUAGAGGCGGCUACCUGGAGCCGGAAGCGCGGGUGCAGCAGGGCGAAGCUCCAGGUGGGGUCGGUUCCGCAUCCCGCCUGGCGUGUCCACGAUGCGGCUGGGCUCCGGGACUUUCGCUACCUGUUGCGUAGCGAUCGAGGUGCUAGGGAUCGCAGUCUUCCUUCGGGGAUUCUUUCCGGCUCCCGUUCGUUCCUCUGCGAGGGCGGAACACGGAGCAGAGCUCCCAGCGCCCGAACCCUCGGCUGGAGCCAGUUCUAACUGGACCACGCUGCCAUCACCUCUCUUCAGUAAAGUUGUUAUUGUUCUGAUAGAUGCCUUGAGAGAUGAUUUUGUGUUUGGAUCAAAGGGUGUGAAAUUUAUGCCCUAUACAACUUAUCUUGUGGAAAAAGGAGCAUCUCACAGUUUUGUGGCUGAAGCAAAGCCACCUACAGUUACUAUGCCUCGAAUCAAGGAGAGAGAGACGCCUUUACCCAAUUUGCUGGUUCUCUGUGGUGACCACGGCAUGUCUGAAACAGGAAGUCACGGGGCCUCCUCCAUGGAGGAAGUGAAUACACCUCUGAUUUUAAUCAGUUCUGCGUUUGAAAGGAAACCUGGUGAUAUCCGACAUCCAAAGCAUGUCCAACAGACGGAUGUGGCCGCGACCCUGGCGAUAGCACUUGGUUUGCCGAUUCCGAAAGACAGCGUAGGGAGCCUUCUAUUCCCGGUGGUGGAAGGAAGACCAAUGAGAGAGCAGUUGAGAUUUUUACAUUUGAAUACAGUGCAGCUUAGUAAACUGUUGCAAGAGAAUGUACCGUCAUAUGAAAAAGAUCCUGGGUUUGAGCAGUUUAAAAUGUCAGAAAGAUUGCAUGGGAACUGGAUCAGACUGUACUUGGAGGAAAAGCAUUCAGAAGUCCUGUUCAACCUGGGCUCCAAGGUUCUCAGGCAGUACCUGGCUGCUCUGAAGACGCUUAGCUUGUCCCUGAGCACACAAGUGGCCCAGUACGACAUGUAUUCGAUGAUGGUGGGGACUGUCGUGGUUUUGGAGGUUCUCACCCUGCUCCUGCUCAGCGUCCCACAGGCACUGCACAGAAAGGCUGAGCUGGAAGUCCCACUGUCAUCUCCUGGGUUUUCUCUGCUCUUUUAUUUGGUGAUCUUGGUUCUUUCGGCCGUUCACGUCAUUGUGUGCACCUCAGCUGAAAGUUCGUGCUACUUCUGUGGCCUCUCGUGGCUGGCAGCAGGUGGGGUGAUGGUGCUGGCCUCAGCGCUGCUGUGUGUGGUCGUGUCUGUUCUGACCAACAUGCUCGUGGGUGGAAACGCCUCCAGGAAGAACCCUGUGCAUCCCAGCUCAAGGUGGUCAGAGCUAGACCUUCUUAUUCUGCUAGGGACGGCGGGCCACGUCUUGAGCCUGGGUGCCAGCAGCUUCGUGGAGGAGGAACACCAGACCUGGUACUUCCUUGUGAACACUUUGUGUCUAGCUCUGAGCCAAGAAACCUACAGAAACUGCUUUCUGGGAGAUGACAGUGAGCCUCCAUGUGGCCUCCGUGUGGAACAAGGGCUUGACGGGGCCACAGCAGCGUGGCGGGACGGGCCUGCCUGUGAUGCGCUGGAGCGAGACAAAGGCCACAGAAGCCCCUCUGCCUCCCAAGUGCUCAGAGGCCACGAGAAGUGGAUGGUGCUGGCCAGUCCGUGGCUGAUACUGGCCUGCUGCCGGCUGCUGCGCUCUCUAAACCAGACAGGUGUGCAGUGGGCUCACCGGCCUGACCUUGGCCACUGGCUCACCAGCUCUGAUCACAAAGCCGAGCUCUCUGUCCUGGCUGCCAUCUCCCUCCUCGUAGUUUUUGUGCUGGUGCAGAGGGGAUGCUCCUCUGUGUCCAAGGCUGCCCUGGCGCUGGGGCUGCUGGGCGUCUACUGCUACCGGGCAGCCAUCGGGAGUGUCCGGUUCCCGUGGCGGCCGGACAGCAAGGACAUUUCCAAGGGUAUUAUUGAAGCUCGUUUUGUUUAUGUCUUUGUCCUUGGCAUUCUGUUCACGGGCACCAAAGACUUACUUAAAUCUCAAGUCAUUGCUGCAGACUUCCAACUCAAGACUGUAGGUUUAUGGGAGAUACAUAGUGGAUUAGUUCUUCUGGCAGCCUUGCUCUUUAGACCACAUAAUCUUCCGGUCUUAGCAUUUAGUCUCUUGAUUCAGACUCUCAUGACUAAGUUCAUCUGGAAGCCCCUGAGGCACGAUGCAGCUGAGAUUACUGUGAUGCAUUAUUGGUUUGGGCAAGCCUUCUUCUAUUUUCAGGGCAACUCCAACAACAUUGCCACCGUGGACAUCUCCGCAGGCUUCGUGGGUUUAGACACCUACGUGGAAAUCCCAGCCGUGCUCCUGACAGCGUUUGGGACGUAUGCAGGGCCUGUGCUCUGGGCCAGCCACUUGGUGCACUUCCUGAGCUCAGAAACACGCAGCAGUUCAGCACUGAGUCAUGCUUGCUUCUGCUACGCGCUGAUUUGUUCUAUUCCAGUUUCCACAUAUAUUGUUUUGGUGACAUCUCUGCGUUAUCAUUUAUUUAUAUGGAGCGUAUUUUCUCCAAAACUUCUCUACGAGGGAAUGCAUCUACUCAUUACAGCUGCUGUCUGUGUAUUCUUCACGGCAAUGGAUCAAACCAGACUCACACAGUCUUAGACUAAGCUGAACACUGGAAAAAUAAUACAUGCUUAAAGUCUGCUGUUAUUCUAAAAUGAAAGAUGUGAAUUCAACAAAGUUGAUGAAUAACUAAUUUCUUUGACUACUGUACUUGAAUUUAGACUAAGUAGUAAAUCGUCUAAUAAAAUGUCACUUUAAUAUACA